AAUUUCAUUAUGGCGCCAUCGGGAAGGAAGCAUGGAGGAAAAGCUGGUAAACCAGCACAGGAAGAUAAAGCUCUACCUGCCUAUGGUUUUCAGGAGGAAGGAAAAGAGCUGAGUGGAUCAGAGGAAAAUAUUACGGAAGGUGAAACACCAGUAAUGGACAAGCAUGGAAAGAAAAGACCUUUGAUGACUACUCAUGUGGUUCCAGAUGAUGUAGGGGGUGAAGUACAGAAUAUGCUAGAAAGAUUUGGAGCUGACAUUAACAAGGCUCUUUUAGCGAAGAGGAAGAGAUUAGAAAUGUAUACAAAAGCCUCACUCAAAACCAGUCACCAGAAGAUAGAACAUAUUUGGAAAACACAGCAAGAGGAAAGGCAGAAGCUCAACCAUGAGUUCUCCCAGCAGUUCCUGACUUUGUUUCAGCAAUGGGAUGUAGAUGUGCAGAAAGCAGAGGAGCAGGAAGAAAAACUGUCGAAUCUGUUUCGCCAGCAGCAAAAAGUUUUUCAACAGGCAAGAAUAGUUCAAAGUCAGAGACUGAAAACGGUUAAGAAACUCUAUGAGCAAUUCUUGAAGAGCAUUGAAGAGCUGGAGAAGAACAAUGAAAAUCUUCUAGCUGGUGCACAAAGUGAACUUCGCAAAGAAAUGGCCAUGUUGCAGAAGAAGAUUAUGAUGGACACCCAACAGCAGGAGAUGGCAACUGUUCGCAAGUCUCUUCAGUCCAUGUUAUUCUGAUGGCUCAGUGGAGAAACAACUUGUACCUAAGCAACACGAUACAAGUAUAGGCAUUAGCCGUAGAGAAGGAUGUUACGAUUAAAAUGUUUUAAAGUUCCUAUUAAUUGAUUCAUCUUUUCAUGGAUUGUUCUAAUCUUGU